AUGCUGCUUAAAGAGACCGUUUUGAAGAAUAAAUUUGACGUUUUCACUAUAUCCGAAACUUGGUUAAACAACUCUGUGACCAACUUGGAGCUUGAAAUCCCUGGAUACGAAAUAUUUCGUGCUGAUAGAAACAACAAAGACGGCGGUGGAGUUUGUGUUUAUGUUUUGAACACUUAUAAAACCGAGUUGCUCCGAGAUAUUUCAAGUAUCUCAGGCAGUGGAUUGCAUCAACUUUGGAUAAAGGUUCAAGUCAGAAAUUUAAAGUCUAUCGUAAUUUGCACUAUAUAUAAACCCCCUGAUGUUCAUGCAAACUGUUUUGAUACUGACCUGACUCCGAAUUUCAUUACAGCCUCCCUAUUGGGUAAACCUAUCUACAUCCUUGGUGACGCAAAUUGUAACAUGCUUAAACCGGACAGCCAGAAUUCGUCUGUAUUUAUUAACUUCUGCAGUUGUUUUAACCUGACUCAGAUAAUUAAAUCUCCAACCCGUGUAACUCCAAACUCAGAGUCGUUAAUAGAUGUUAUUCUAGCAACAAACCCCAACCAAGUUCUUGAAACUAAGGUGUUGUUGCAUUGCUCCAUAAGCGACCAUGAUCUAGUUUACGCAGUCCUAAGAUUGAAGAAAGAGUGCCCUAAGCCAGUACAUAUCACAACAAGGAGCUUCAAAAGCUACAACGCGAGUGAAUUUUGCGCUGAUAUAUUACAAGCACCAUGGUCUAUCACAGACGUUUUCGAUGAUGCCGAAGAUAAAUUGUAUGCUUUCAACUCUUUGUUUAAUGAUAUUCUAGAUAAACAUGCCCCAGUGAAAACUAUAAAACUUAAAGGAAAACCGAAUUGUUGCAUAACAGAAGAAAUCAGAGAACUCAUGAAAACCAGGGAUGAGUGGAAGAAAACGGCAAGGAAAACAAACGACCCUUUUGCAUGGUCGGCCUUUAAAAAUUUCAGGCGAGAAGUAAAGCGACGUAUAAGAUUUUCGGAGAGAGAAUAUGUAAGAGAACAGAUUAAAAGUAAUAGAAACAACACCAACUCCAUAUGGAAAUCUAUACGAUCGUGUAUACCAAAAAAAUCAGCCACUCAUAAAGUCUAUAGUAAGGAUCAUAAAACUGUUGCUGAUGAAUUUAAUGAAUUCUUUGCCAGUAUUGGUCAAAAUACGGUUAAAAAAAUUGAAAAAAUGGCCGCUGAUGAAAAUUAUGACCUAAAUGAAAACCCUUUUAAACCAAGACAUUAUUUACCAUCUGAACAAUUUUCCUUUACCGCUGUUGAACGUGAAGAAGUUGAAUCUAUUGUUAUGUCUAUGGCACCAAACAAAGCUCCUGCGAACGAUAAAGUUCCGAUACAUGUAAUCAAAACUUGCUUGACUGUAAUUUCACCUACCAUCACUUCAAUUAUCAAUGCUUCACUAUUAACCUCUAGUUUUCCGAGCGUAUGGAAAAACGCUGAAGUUGUUCCUAUCCACAAGGGUGGUGAUCAUGAGAUCGCAAAUAAUAAUAGACCUAUAUCGUUAUUGCCAGUGCUAUCAAAGAUCUGCGAACGAGCAGCUUAUAAUCAGUUUUCGACCUACCUUCUCUUGAAUGAUCGUUUAUCGUCUAAACAAAGUGGAAACAAGCAUCUACACUCAACAGAAACCUCGGUAAUUCAGACUACAGACAUGAUCCUGAAUGCCAUUGACAAGAAACAGCUAACUGCGAUUGUAUUACUCGACAUGAGCAAAGCAUUCGAUAGCAUAGAUACCACGACUUUGAUUACUAAGUUAGAAGAUGUUGGCGCGUCUUGUCAGGCGAUUCAAUGGUUCCAAAGCUACCUAACAUCCAGGUAUCAAGUAGUAAGAAUACAAACAACCUUAUCCGAGCCUUUAGAGGUAAAGAGUGGAGUACCUCAGGGAAGUAUACUUGGGCCACUUCUGUUUAGUAUUUAUGUGAACGAUUUGCCAUCAGAUCCACAACAAUGCUCUCUCUAUUCCUAUGUCGAUGACACAAAACUCCUAAUGUCGUUUUCUCUGCAACACCAACAAAGAGCUGUCUCAGAAAUAAAUCAAGAUCUCUUGAGAAUACGUAAUUGGUGUUUUGAUAACAAGUUACUGUUAAACCCAGGAAAAACUAAGGCCAUGAUAUGCGGUAGCAGACAGAUGAGAGCAAAACUUCCUAAUUUUCGCCUCUCACUUCUCGGUAAAGAAAUCAUUGUAACAAGCGCCAAAGAUCUCGGCGUAAUCUUGGACUCUGGUAUGACGUUCGACAGCCAUGUACAAGCCACUAUCUCCUCAUGUAUGUCUCGUUUAGGUCAAAUAAACCGUGUGAAACAUUGCUUUGACAAACACACAUUAACAAUUAUUAUUAACUCUCUAGUUUUUUCAAAAUUAUAUUAUUGCUCUACAGUCUGGAGCAACACUUCUCAAACAAAUUUAAAUAAGGUACAGGUAGUGCAGAACUUUGCAUGUCGAAUAGUUAGCGGAGUUGGCAAAUACGAUCAUGUCACACCAAUCCUGCAAGAACUAAAGUGGCUUCCUGUUCGACAGUAUUUAUAUUUUCGUGAUGCAGUCAUGGCAUUUAAAUGCAUGACAGGAAACGCACCUGCAUACCUAACUGAACAGUUUGUGAGACGAGGUGACAUUUCAUCUCGCGUUACUAGGAACUCGAGCAUGAUUGAAACUCCUUUACACAGAACAGCAACCGGGCAACGAUCUUUCAAAUUCAGAAUGGCCACAAUUUGGAAUUCCUUAAAACCAGAACUUAGGGCCUGCGAAACAACGAAAGACUCUAAACAUAUUUUAAAACAGAGACUUGUAGAAACAUUUAAAUUUAGGACCAAUCUUAAGACAUUUUGA